CACCGACCACACAAACCAACAGCCACUCAGUCAGUCGGACAGACACCCACCAACAGCCAAGCCCCCCAUAUGUGCAUCACGUGUGCGGUGCGUAUGGUGUGAUAUGGAUGGACGGAAUGGCUGCAUGCAGGCGCCGCCAGCCAAAAACAGCCACACUCCACCCACAAGACACCACAUCACACCACACCACGGCACGGCAACACACACACACACCCCGGUAUGGAAAGAAAGAAACGCAACACGCACGCAAGCUAGUCUAUGUGUGUGUGUGUUAGGGGUAUUAUCUAUCACUCCAUGGCCUUCUUGCCCUUGCCGGCGGGGGCCCCCACCUGCUGCUGCUUGCCGGUCUUCUUCAUGAGGGACUUGUGGAUGUGGGGGAUCACACCGCCGCCGGCAAUGGUGGCCUUGAUCAACGUGUCCAACUCCUCGUCACCGCGAAUCGCCAACUGCAGGUGCCGCGGCGUGAUGCGCUUCACCUACACACAACACAACACAACACACAUAACAUGGUGAGGGGUGCAUGACGGCAUGCGUGUGCUGUGCCGUGUGUGGGGUGUGGGGGUGGCCGCGCACCUUGAGAUCCUUGGAUGCGUUGCCGGCGAGCUCGAGCACCUCGGCGGUGAGGUACUCGAGGAUGGCGGCCGAGUAGACGGCGGCGGUGGCGCCCACACGGCUGGAGGCACUCACGCGGGACUUGAGCAGACGGUGCAGACGCCCUACGGGGAACUGCAGACCGGCGCGGGCACUCCGCGACAGCGGAGCCUUCUUGCCCUUGCCAGAACCGCCAACCUUGCCCUUGGCGCCGACCUUCCCGCCGACCUUCCCGCCAACCUUGCCACCCUUGCCACCAACUGAUGACGCACACAGAAACCACCACACACACAGAGACAUGAGCCAUGGCUCUCACAACAUCUCUCAUGAGCAUGCAUGGGGCGUCAUGGAGCCUCCCUUCACGACGCGUUGUGUCUCAUGCCCACUCCGCCCCCCGCCAGCCCUCCCCGGCCUCGCUGCAGGCUUUUCACCGUGCGGUUUGCGUACCUUUGCCACCCUUCCCGCCGACGGCUCCGACCUGCGGCACACUGCUCAUGGCGUCGACUAGGCGAGGAGCGCAAACGGACUGAUAUCAACCAGCUGAGCCUUUUCUAAAGCGCCGCGAGGGACA